AUUCCAUCGUCGCCUUAUCACCCAAUCAAUCAAAAUGGCUUCCAAGAUGCUGCUCGUGAUUUUUGCCGUUGUCAUGGCAACUGCCUUAGUAACCGCCGAAACGUUCGACGAUCUAACGGAUGCCGAUCUGGAUGAGAUGCUGGACCUGAUGUCGAAGAGGGCUGAUUCAAACGAUGCCAACGGUGGAAUGGUGUUCGACGACGCCUAUGCUGAAAUGGCCAAACGGGGACUAGGACGUGGAAAGUUUAUCCGUUGUGUACAUCCCCUGAACGGCUUCCAAUGCGUUUGUGACAAGCGACAACGCAAGACCAGCCCCAAGUACUACAGGGUCUGCGGAUACGAGUAAGACACCAAUCGUCGAACCGAACCCAACACCCGAAUGGACCGGUAUCCAAUACACACGUCAAAGGUCAAACUUCGGAAAGAAUCAUCGCCUGACUCCAGCAGCGUAUAGUUGAACGCAAAUUAUAUUGGGUCAUUGCACUUUUUGCCAGUGAUCGGAAUGAUUCAAUCGCUAUGUUAGACAUCCAAUAGGAAUCGCUAACAUCUAAUUUUGCUUUCAAAGGGUGUUUCGUAUUUGAUUUGUUCAACUAUACGAUUUGGCCCUGUCACUUUAAUGUACAUGUGGUUUUUAGCAUUUUUUCACGUGCUAAAUGUUGACAUGCCACGUGGAUCUCAUGUGCGCUUACAUGUUAUUCGUUUAAGUAACCUGUCGAAGUAAAAGUUUUUUUUUUUGCCGUGAUACCUCUUUUGUUUCAUGAGGGUUUUUUAUAUACUUUUUAUACACCAUUUGUUUAAAUAUCAAUCUUAGAUAAUGAAGAAGAUUUUAGUUAAAGCUAAUAAGUAAUGCAUAAAUAAAUGCAAUCGGAAUUUAAAAUUGUCUACAUCUAGAAUCAUGUAGCCGUAGAAUAAUAAGAUCAAAUUAUAAAAAUAAUUACUGUUUAAUUUUUAAAUAAUCUGAAUCAAUAAAUUAGUCUACUGUAGAUGGCAUACGUAGCGUAUAUUUGUAGAAGCAUUAGAUUUUAUCAUGGACAACGCAAACAAUUUAAAUGUAUGUUCGUUUUGAUAAUCAUCGGAAUAUUCCUAUUUUGGUAACGCUGCAACUUCUAAAUAAAGAAGGUUAAAUUUAAAA